CAAUACCUACAACCCGAAUUUCGACUGUCACCACACAAUGAUGGAAUGACUGCAUGGAAAUUAAUGAGGAUUGCUUACAACACAAACCCAAAAUAGGGUUGAUGUUACUUUUGCUUCAUUGAACACCAUGAACAUACAACUGUAGAACUGGCAAGGAUAAGAAGGCAAAAUUGUGGGAUAUGCCAGGAAAGGUCAAAGUUCGUGUAGUUGCAGGGCGGGGCCUGCCAGUGAUGGACAGGUCCACAGACCUUACAGAUGCUUAUGUAGAGAUACGGUUUGGGCCUGAUGUUUUUAAAACAGACAUCUGUAAGAAAUCUCUUAAUCCACAAUGGAACUCAGAAUGGUUCAAGUUUGAGGUAGAAGAUGAGAGCCUUCAGGAUGAACCACUAGAACUUAGAGUGUUGGACCAUGACACAUACAGUGCUAAUGAUGCAAUAGGAAAGAUUUACGUUGACCUCAAUCCUUUACUGACCAAGGAAACUCCCAAGGUCAUCAGUGGCUGGUUCCCAAUCUAUGACACCAUGCAUGGUAUCAGAGGAGAGCUAAACAUUAUCGUGAAAGUGGACCUGUUCUCGGAUGUAAACAAGUUCCGUCAGUCAUCCUGCGGGAUCCAGUUUUUCAGCACGGCGGAGGUACCAGCAGGGUAUCGUAUGCAAAUAAUUAAUGGGUUUGUGGAGGAGUUGGUAGUGAAUGAUGACCCGGAAUACCAGUGGAUCGACAAAAUUCGAACCCCUCGUGCAUCCAAUGAGGCCCGGCAAAGACUUUUCUCCAAAUUAUCUGGUGAACUUCAGAGGAAAAUUGGUGUAAAAGUGUCAGAGUUGGGUGGAAAUGCAGUGAUUGGUUACUGUCAGUGUUUUGAUCUGGAGGGCGAGUCUGGUAUUGUCGCCCGUGGUAUUGGAACAGGUGUGACCUUGGUCCGACCUUCGCAGGCGAUGCCACCCUCACCAUUAGGGGUUUCUCCUCAGUACAAAGAUUUGAGGCAUGCUGUGAACUCCCAUUUCUACUUCAAUCAUCUUCAAACUCCACCCACCUUUGUCCCUUCCCUGAUAUCUCGCUCACAUCACCAUUUAACAAUGACCCCUCCCCACACCCCUGUCAAGAGAGUGGUCUCCAUCUCUCCUCCCCCCUCUGCCCCGCCUCUAGUUAGCACCCAAUCAGCAUUCAGUUUUCCUUUCAGUUCCCCUCUCCCUGAGGAUUCGGCUAUGCCCUCUUCCCCACCUUCCAUGUUAAUUAGGUGUGCCACAUCACCUGUAAAGGUAACCUCUCCCCAGGCACAGGUGCGACGGUCCUCCGAUUCCGACGUUAGUAGUACCACUCCUCCUAAAGGAAGCAGUCUAACUGAGAGCAGUGGUAGUGGCAGUGGUGUAGGAUGCAGUGGUAAAACAAUGCCUAAGCUGUCUGCUCAGCAACCCAGUAUAGAGCUGAUGGAGUACCCAUUCUUCACUAUGACCUCAUUCCCUUUUGGUUUCAUUGUACACCUUGGAGGUGUGGUGUCGGCCAAAUCAGUCAAACUGCUGGACAAAAUUCAUAACCCAGAGGAACCAGAAACUCGAGAUGCUUGGUGGACUGAGAUCAGAACCGAGAUAAGGACUCACUGCCGAUCCAUGGGAUGUCACGCGGUAUUAGGGUACACGGAAAAAACCACUAUAUGUGAUGAAAUCAUUGUGCUGUGUGCCACUGGUACAGCUGCUCGAGUAAACAUUGCAUACGACCCCAUGACAUCAGCGCGAGGUCCUCCCCUCACCCCAGCUGUUGUCCUAGAAAAACAACCAAUGGAAAAGGAGCGAGACAGAAAGCUGUACGUUGAUGUUAACCUGGCCAACUCUGCUGCUCAAAGCUCUCUGCAAGCGCUCUAUGACCAUAGUUCUGACGAUGGCUCCCCACAGUAUAACUGCAUGCUGUGUCACGUACCAUACAAACCCAAUUCAGCACCCUUCCCUGUCAGUCUGUCUGUCUGUGCAAUCUGCAGAAAACAGAAGGUUCCAGAUGUGCUGUUCACAACCAUUGAUCCUCCACCAGAAAUUCAGACUCAUGGCAAAGGCUCCUUCAUACAAGCAAGAGUGUGUCGAGCAAAAUCCAAAAGCAAAGGUGGUGAGUCCAACGCAAGGGAAAUAAGUGAUUGUCUUCCUUUCUUAGAAUACGAGCUUCACAGUCAGCUGAUGAAUAAACUCAGGUUGUGUGGUAUGAAUGGUCUCUAUGGACUGAAGAUCCAGAUCACCGUUGGGGAGUUAUUAUUGGUUGGAGUAGCUUCUGCCACCGGUGUGUUCAUUGCAGCUCUACCGGCCCCACCUAUUCUCAGAGUGUCAGGCCAGGCCACAACAGAGGAGGAGAAUAAUCGCCUACAGGAAAUUCAGAAGAGGAUAUCGGAGAGAGUGAUGAAGAACAGAGAAAAACACGAACUACUGCAUAUUGACACCGGACAGAUUAGCCCUCGGAGUGUGGUCACUGACGACAGUGAUGACGACACGUCAGAUCUUGACCUGUCGACUGGAAAUAAGGAAACAUUUGUCAUUGAGACAUUCCCUACGAAUCCAGAACAUGGUGAAGAAUCAAAUGAAUAUCAUACUGUGGAUGAUGCGAAUGAUGAGAACAUUGUGGCAUUGCUGAAAGAGUCUCAGCUUCCUGAGGGAUUUACAAUGCUGAACACCCAUAAAAUACCUGGAUCCACAUCACUGGCAUCCAAUCUUCAGAUGUUUACACAGGUUUGGAAACAAGAUUAUGUGUCAACAUCGAAGAGUAGUUUUAUGGAUAUUUUUGAAAAUCUAGUCAAGAAAAUUUGUUACAAACUACGAAGGAUGUCUCCCUGCUGUCUCUGUGGUAUAGACUUCCGAGUGGAUCUACCUGAGGACAGAGAGAUACAGAUAACCCUAACAGGCGUUUGCUGUUCACUGGAGAAUGUCGCAGACUCUGCGUUUGAACCUCAAACAUACAACAAAGAAAAUCUACUCAAAACCGUGUGUGGUGUUACCACUGGCAACAGUGGGGCCAGUGAGAGGGAUGACAUGAUGUUUCCAAUGGAGGAGUUCUCAUCAGAGGGACCAAUGGCAAAUCUGCAGGGGCAUACAAAGGCUCCUCCAAACAGACAGACCAAGGUAGAUAACUCUGUUCGUAGAUCACUAGAACAUGUACAUAGUGUGCAGAAACACAAAAACUGGGUGGAACUUACACCUUUGCCGUACAUUCCAGGAUUCAAAAUCGAGCGUUAUCUGGGCAACUACAACUUCUUCUUCAUUCGGGAAUCCACUUCAUUAAGAGAGGUUGGGGGACAGGGGGGCUUCAUGCAGACAUUUGUUGCUGAGGUCAUGGCCAAUGUGCGAGCCAAUGUGGCCUCUCUUGGAGGCAAUGGAAUGGUGUCGUAUCAAAUGAACCAGUGUGUUCUUAUGUGUAACCCCCACAAAAACCAGAGCCAGUGUUUGAUCAAUGUGAGCGGGGAUGCAGUGGUGGUUUCCUCAGAGGAAUCGUUCCCGAUCGUCGUUGAAACUCUGCGUAAAAACAGCGACUCGCCCAGUACAUGACAGUGAACAAAAUAAACAUCAGACUUUUUUAUCGAGGCAUUCCUAAUUUGGUCCAGUAUUAUCUUUCACUGCUGUCCUGAACAAUGGACUGCAAGAUUCUACAUUAGAUAUUGAUAUUUACACAAGAAUUGCUUAAUGAACAAAGAACCGAUAUUAUAAAAUGAACCAAGCAGCGUAAAGCGUGAUAGGGCACUACUGAAGUAUUAAUACAUGUAUUUUCAAUACCUUUACUUUUUCAUGCUGAAAGUGUCAGAUCAGAGACAUAAAUUUCUGGUUUACUACUGUAUAAGUUUCAAAUCUACUACUGAAUUGCGACAUUUAAUAAUAGGUAUAAGCUUCAAGUCUACUACUGAAUUGCGACAUUUAAUAAUAGGUAUAAGUUUCAAAUCUACUACUGAAUUGCGACAUUUAAUAAUAGGUAUAAGUUUCAAGUCUACUAUUUACUGGUGACUUUUAGUAAUAGGUAUCGGAAUCAGAUCUACCACUGACUGGUGACAUUUAGUAAUAUGAUUAUCUAUGUUUGGUGCGUUUUUCUUUCUUUCUGGAUACAGCAAGUACAAAGAAAAUCCAUUUAAGACUUCAUUCACAAUUGUCAAAUUCACAACUGUUAGAAAUUUGUACAAAGAAAAUUCUGUAUGAUCCUUCUUUUACAAGCCAUUUUUUCCAUGUUCAUUCCGCAUUCUGAAGAGAUGCUAUGCUUUAUUUAGUGUCAAUUUAUGUCUCUGGUCCUGUUACAUGAAUUUUAUCAUGAACAUGUGAUGGCACAUAAUAAUAAAGAAACUGAAAAUUAUGUUGCUUGA